AUGAGUAUGCGGAAAGAGGAUGUUGAUACGACGUUGGUUGAUUACUUCGUUGUUGCUGGAUUUGAUCCAGAAACGGGAAUAGUGCCUUGUUCAAGCUCAUAUUACGCUAUAAAUUCUGAUGUACCAUGUUUGGAUAAUCUUCGUCCACCUCUUGAGCGUAGUUAUGAGGCCAAAAUUCUACAUCACUUUCCACAGAGAAGACCUGAAACACCGUUUUCUAAUGAAGUAUUAGCGCUUUGUAUGCCUAGAGGAUUACGUUUUUUUACCGAGAAAGAUGUGCCAACAGUUCCCUCUAUUCAUACAUUCGCUAACAUUAAAGAGGAUGGUUCUCGCGUGAAUGGCACAACUAUUACCUUUUACGAGGAAGUGCGUGAUAUCUCGAUUUGUGAGGCUAUGUCAAGGCUCCAAACUGAGCAUGUUAAAGAACUCACUGCUCAUGAAAGAGUUGAUCGAGAAAGAACGCAUCUACCCCCCGGAACGAUUUCAGGUGGUACUCAUACGCUCCCUAGGGGAAGACGAGAUAAAAGUAAAAGGAUAUCUUAUUAUGAUGGUGGAAGUCAGAAUAUUCUCUUCAUGUCGAAAACACUUUGCUUGAUAACCCGAUUACCGCUUGUUGCUGCUCCGAAAGCCAUAUUAAAGACGUUCUAUGAGAUAAUCAGAGGAGAGCAGGAAGCUAAUCUUCCCUUAGAGAGUUAUAUUUUUUGGAUUUUGAAUGAAAUACCUUUGCCAUCUCCUGGAACUAGUCUUAAGGUGUCUUUCUUAAAUACUCCCAUAGUCGUACAACGCCCUAGUCUUCUUGAACUACCUCUUUUCGAUGAUUCACUUGGGUCUUUAUUUCAGUUUUUGCCUGUUGAUAAGUUUAUUAAGCUGUUCUCAUGCUUUCUUCUUGAACAUCAAAUUCUCAUUUGCUCUAAAGAUUAUUCCAAACUUAUGUGCGUAUGUGAGGCCCUCACAGUGCUCGCAUUCCCGUUUCGAUGGCAAAUGGUCUACGUACCCAUAUUGCCCAGUUCUCAGCUGAAAUUCGUGGAAGCUCCAGUUCCGUAUGUAAUGGGAUGGUGUUAUAACGAUUCUGUACCUGAGUUCCUUUUUCAAUCUAACGUUUGCGUGAUUGACAUCGAUAACAGACGAUCGGAAUUUCCCGAAGACCUACCUUUGUUUCCGGGUUUCAAAGAGCUCGAACAGGAUGUUCACAACGCUAUAAAAACAUAUUCCAUUUGGAAUGAGUUCAUGAAUCAGCCAGUAAUUACGAAAGAAGAGGAGCCCAUAGUAGUUCAUCGACCUCAUACUGAUAGGAGAAGGAACGAAGAGUGGUCAAUGAAACGGAUGAGUAGAUCGUUUGAUUUUGAAGAUGAUGAGGGAUUUUAUGGUAACAAAGUUCCACCUCGCCCCAAUAGAACGCCUAGCAAAACUAACCAAGUUGAAGAUGUUUUACGUUAUAAUUCAACGCUUGCCAGAGUCACAGAAAUUGCCAGGAAAGUUGGUGUAUCUGUUGACGUCAAUGAUCUAGUUCAAGAAGUUACUACCAAUGAGAAGUAUUUGAAAUCUCCUAUAUGUAGGAGAUAUUUCCUUGAUGCGAAACUGAACAAUGCCAUUCGAGAGUGUGUUUUGCACAGAAUUGCUGGUAUGUUAUACUCAUACGAGCAUUUCGUAGUUGGAGGGCAGGGAUGUGCAGAUCGGGAAAGCUUCGAAGCUAGCAGGGAGAGCUUAGUUUGUUUCGAUAAAGCUUCGUUCUUAUCAGAUCAACCGGAUAGUCACUUACCUUUUCUCGCCGCUUUCCUGGAGACUCAGAUGUUUACAUCUUUCAUUGAUGCUAAAAUUUUGUCUCAAUGGGAAACACCAGAUGACAACUUAGCUCUAUUUGACAUGAGGAUCGCCCAAAUGAGGAAAGAAAUGGGUUUAUCCAUGGUCAGAACCCCAACUGAAGACUCUAAGCCUCCUUUUGCUUACACAGAAGAACUGAUUUCCAAAAGAGAAAAUAAUCUUGAUUAUGUUGUGUCAGGACCUCAUCCCGUUUCUGGGAGUUUCGCCAACAUUUUUAAUGGAUUUUGGCCUGAGAUGAACACAGCUAUAUUAGAAGGAUUUGCUGGCUUCAGUCCUGCUCCAAGCCCGUGGAAACAAAGACAUGUCAAUCCCAGACCCAAGCAGCAAGAGAUAUCUUCCGCUCGUCCAACGAGCACUUAUGGUGGACAAAGUUUGAUUGAUGAUUCCAAAUCAGCUAUUGCUAAGCAACAAUUCAAGUUUGUCGAGCAACUGUUAAGAGAAACAAAAGGAAAAACAAAAAGAAUGUUGGUAGACAAAAUGGGUAAAGAAGCUGUGCACUUGGGCCACUUAGAUGCUGGUAUCACUGGAAUAGAGGAAAACACGCUCGUUGCAUCGUUUUGCGAUCUUCUUGAACGUAUUUAUGCUCAUGGACUUGUUAAGAAACAAGGAAAAUCGGCUUUAUGGUCAUAUGUCCUUCAACAUGAAGACCUUGAGAAGAGUGGAAUGUCCUCAAGAACAAUGUCCUCAUCUAUGUUGACCCCAGCUCUAGCGUGGUUAGUAUUUCGGAAGAGAAUAGAACAUAGAGGACUACGACGACGCCCAAGCCUUCAGACUUUUUCGCCGGACAUCAUACCUGCCCCAAUUAUACUUCCAUCAUCGAAUGAGAACGAUUUUGGUGUGGCGUUGUCCGACCUCGUUGAAACGAUUCAGAGGGAGCUCAAUACAAAAGAGGAUGAUCCAGAUGCACCAGCCUGGUCUCGGAGCAUUCUACGGGCUGCUAAUUUUAUCUGUGAUAAAAUAUCUUCGGCUGCGGUACCAGUUGCACCAGCUCAGCCUAGAGAUUUGCCACCACGACAUGAGACCAUAACAGGACCUGUAUCUAAACCAUAUUUGCCAAAUCGACCAAUUUCGGGCCACGUUUCGAGACAGGCAAUGCUGAGGAAAUCGAGUUCCAUUAGUGAUUUCACGAAUCCACAAUGGUCAGGCGGACGUGAUGGAUAUGUUAGUGUAGAAAAUUCGCCUCGGAAACGGUCUCAGAGUCGAAAUAGAAGUCCAGAUGGUCGUGUAGUUCUUGCCCCCCUCCCAACGAGUAUUGCUUACGAUUUAAAAAAUGUUCUCAGAAUGACUGAAAUCAAAACUGACAUAGGCUAUGCACGGGCGUUUGUUCGUUUAGCCUUAGAGAGAAAACUUCUUCAUCGACAUUUGAGUACUCUGAUGGGUAAUCAGAAUUUGUUGAAUGAGUUGUAUAAGCCAUACGCCUUUUCAAGAUGUGAGGACGAAAAAGAACAGUUUCUCUUUCAUGUUCUUUCUCUUAAUGCUGCCCAGUUUCGCUGUUUCACUAAUGCAUUCACAAAAACAAAAAUGGACUAUCAAGUUGUGAUAGUUACAAGUGGCUGGCGAGGGUCCCUUCCAGCUGUAUGGGUAGAAAUAGAAGGAAGUCUCGCGAAAAGUCCUCAAAUAAAAUUGCCACCUGGAACUCCUCUUUUCAAGUUUGACCACAAAAAUCUUGGAUUGCUCUCAAAUUUGCGAAUUGGGCAUGUUGCUGGUAUAGAAAGACCUCCGAAAUGGUUUUUGGACUACGUGAUUGUGCGGAAUGAGAUUACUGGACAAACAUACCGUUUCCCAUGUAGCCGAUGGUUCGGUAAAGGUGUUGAUGAUGGGAGCUUAGAGAGAUUGUUGAUAGCUGAGCAAGUGAAUGACGAAGAUUGUACGGAUCAAACUAACUGUCCGCCUGGGUCACCAGCCAGAGGUAGAAGGAGAACAACAUCUCGCAGUCAAACGCCACAAAGAGAAAGAAGUCCUUCCACAGGAAGAAUACCUGAGUCUACUUCAACCAAUAGAAGAUCGAGAUUGAAUGAAAUACAGCAAAUGCUCGGAGAUUCUGUGAAUGCUUUGGUGAAGUACUUCCACAGCGAUAAGAAGAUUAGAAGCGAACUUGCUCAUCUAUUAUGCGGAGACCGUGGUUUGGUCAACUCCAUCGAACAGGCUUUCCAACUUGGUCGACAAGACUCAACAUGGACAUUACGGAUGUUCCGACAACAUUUUCCCUGGGAUUAUAUAGAGAAAGUAACUUUAUGGUUUAAUGAGCUAUUACGGAGGGGUGAAUCAGAAAAGAUGCCCUUAGAAAGUCGAAAUGUUAUUAUGUACGCUCUAAAAUUAGUGAGGAAAAUAUCAGAGAAGAAUGAACUAGGAAAAGAUGGAAAGUUCCAUGUUUUUGUAUUGUUGGCAAUACGGGAUCAUACUCUGUCGGCGUAUCUGAAGAUGAUGUCAUGGACUCCUGUGACAAAGGAUAUGUAUGAGAAUCCCUCAUUCCUCAGAACACCUGAACAUCUUUCUUAUCUUUCAAGAUUGCUUGAAUCUCUUAAUGAGUUCCAAUUUCGUUUCGAACCUUCCCUUACAUAUGGAAUAACAUAA